AUGCCAUUCGGACGCGAUACGUCCAUGUCUGCUGCUCGUUUGGUGCCUCUAACUGGGACGAGUUUUCGUCAAACUCAAGAAAAGAUCUCUCUGAAACAGUCGGAAACGUUGAAGUGUCACGAACUAUAUACCGUUUUUAGAUGUAAGCUAAUGGCAUCGCUGGUGGACUCCACACCUGACGACGACGGCAACGACGUCAGCUAUUCAUCGUCGACCAGUGGUGGCCAAUGUGCUCUUCAAUUCAUAUUUUUGUAA